UCUAUCUAGUAGGAUUUUGAUGUUCAGUGUGUCUGGGAUAAUGGACAAUAUAUGUGUCAAAUACAAGUGUAUGUAGACUUUAAAAUUUUAUGAAAUCGGGUACACUAAUCAAGUAACCUGUUUUCAUUGAUAUUAAUAUAAUUGUGAACUGGGAAUCAGCAGGACUUAGGGAUAUAUUUUUUAUAGAUUCAUCCUUCGUAAGAAAAAUGAGUUCAGGAUUUAUAUCAGAGGCUGAAUUGGCAGAGCAGCGAAAGUUGCGUCAGGAAGAAUGGGAACGCGUGAGAACAGCAGAGCAACCAGCAGAGGCACCUGAAGCACAAUAUGACCCUAGAUCGUUGUUUGAGCGAUUACAGGAGCAAAAAAAUAAGCGUGACAUUGAGUAUGAAGAGGCUCAUAAACUGAAGAACAUGAUAAAGGGUUUGGACGAUGAUGAAGUCGAAUUUCUUGAUUUGGUGGAUAGAACUAAGUUGGAAGAGGAACGUAAAAAAAAUCUUGAGGAAGAAAAAGAAAUGAAGGACUUUAAGGCUGCCGUUGCCUCUUUGCAAGAAAAAACUUUAGAUACAAGAUUAAAGCAAGAGCUUAAAAACACUCAAACUGUUAAUAAAAAUGUGUCUAGUGGAAGUGGGAGGACUUCACAACUAAGAUUACUAGCUGGUGCUGUAGUUAAAAAGGCUGGAAACGAUGUAAGAGGAACUAAACGGAAGCUAUCCGAGACCGAAGAAAAUAGUGAAGACUCUCAUAUCAAGUCUGCAGACAGUUCUUCUUCAAACAAAGGUUCCAGAGGAAAUAUUGAAGAUGAAACACUAAGUGGUACAAAAAGAAAAAUUGAUGAAGUUUCAAACUUUAAUAAUCAAAGACACACUGGAGGAAUGAAGUGUAUAGGAAUAUUACCAGGGCUUGGUUCUUAUCAAGAUUCCAGUGACAGUGACUGCAGCUCUGAUACAGAUCAAGAACCUGAACCAAAUCAAAGCAAGUAUGAUCUUUUAGGUCGAGAGAUUGAAUGCCCAAAGGAUAAGGAAAAAAGUUAGAAUUUAAAUAUUCUUUUAAAGACGUACAAAAGGAUGGGCAAAUACGAUGAAAUAAACCUAUUUGUAUUUAAAUGUAUUGUAAUUGCACACCUUUUAAAAAGCUAUGUUAAAAUGAAUAUUAAUUUUUAACUAUAAGAAUUAGAUGAUACGAUUUAGCCUAUAUAAAACUAUAUAAGUUACUCAACUAGUGCGUACAAUCGGACUGCUAAAAUUUUUCUUUUUAAAUAAUCUAGUUUCAGAUAUACCACAUGUGAUGCAACAAAAUUAAAAUAAUGAAUAUUAAUUGAGAGUAUUGGUUAUUUGCAAAUAAAGAGCAACCAAGGAUUGGAUAUAAGUA